ACUCACACACACACACACCUCUCUGGACUCUGACUCUGUGGACGCAGGAAGAUUUCUCUGUGGAUUAAUAAUCUCAGUUUUCAUCAUGUCAGCCCGCUUUGCUGUGGAGAUGUUCAGCCUGGGGUGUACUCAACUAAAAUGGAGGAUAGUUUUGAUUGCGACUGUGGCGAGCUUGAGCCACCUGAUCAUUGAGGGUAAACGUUUUUAUUAAAGACUAAAAGGCCAGACCCUUUUCAAAUUUAUAGAUCAGGUGAUCAAAGAAGAAAUAUAUAUAUAAAUAUUAGGAAAGUAUAAAAACUGUGCUGUUAGGCUCAGUUGAUAUAACGCUGCUCAGGACCAGUCACACACUGAAUGUAUUUGCACUGUGAGGAUGUAACUAAAUGAUUUUAUAGUUUAAUGUAAUCCCAGUGCUUUUUUUAUUCCCUCUUCUGAUUGGCUUUAAAGUUCAUUCCGUUACUUAUUGAAACACUAGUUUACCUGUUCUGUUCUUGAACAUGGAAAGAAAAUCUGAUUACAUGUUAGUGCUGCACGUUUGACAGGGGGGCUCAGUAGUCGUCUGUACAGGGGUUCCUUAUCUCAUCCUCUGAAGGAACKGGGGAGUUUUUACACAAACUCCUCUAAAGCCAGGCUCAAAGCCUGGAAACACACAUCAGUUCGAAGCUUAAAGCCUUAAAUCAGUCGUGAUGGCAGAGAAGUUCGAGUCCCUGAUGAAUAUCCACGGCUUYGACCUGGGUUCUCGCUACAUGGACYUGAAGCCUCUGGGCUACGGAGGGAACGGCCUGGUGUUCUCGGCGGUCGACACGGACUGCGACAAGCGCGUGGCGGUGAAGAAGAUCAUCUUGACCGACCCCCAAAGUGUGAAGCACGCCCUGCGGGAGAUCAAGAUCAUCCGACGGCUCGAUCACGACAACAUCGUGAAGGUGUUUGAGACCCUCGGACCCUGCGGCCGCAGUCUAACGGAGGACGUGGCGUCGCUGACCGAGGUGAACUCGGUCUACAUCGUGCAGGAGUACAUGGAGACGGACCUCUGCCAGCUGCUGGAGAGGGGCUCCUUGUCCGAGGGCCACGCCAGGCUCUUCAUGUACCAGCUCCUCCGSGGUCUGAAGUACAUCCACUCUGCCAACGUGCUGCAUCGAGACCUGAAGCCCGCCAACCUUUUCGUCAACACAGAGGACCUGGUUCUGAAGAUCGGGGACUUUGGUUUGGCCCGCAUCAUGGAUCCUCACUACUCCCACAAGGGACACCUCUCUGAGGGCCUCGUCACAAAGUGGUACCGCUCUCCUCGCCUGCUGCUCUCUCCCAACAACUACACCAAAGCUAUCGACAUGUGGGCCGCUGGCUGCAUCUUCUUUGAGAUGCUGACUGGGACAACGCUGUUUGCAGGAGCUCAYGAGCUGGAGCAGAUGCAGCUGAUCCUGGAGUCCAUCCCCGUCCUGCGAGAAGAAGACCGGCAGGAGCUCCACAGCGUCAUCCCCGUCUUCAUCCGCAACGACAUGUCCAAGCCUCACACGCCGCUCGCCAAGCUGCUGCCCGACGUCAGCCCGCAGGCCCUGGACUUUCUGGAGAAGAUCCUGACCUUUAACCCCAUGGACCGUCUGACUGCAGAGGAGGCCCUGGCCCACCCCUAUAUGGCCGACUACUCCUUCCCCCUGGACGAGCCCGUCUCUCUGCACCCCUUUCAUAUCGAGGACGAAGUGGACGACAUCCUGCUCAUGGACCAGAGCCACAGCCACACCUGGGACAGAUAUCAUGAGAGCCAGUUCUCAGAGGCUGAUUGGCACUUGCACAGCACCCAUGACCCCGAUGAAGUCCAGGUGGACCCCAGAGCUCUCUCUGAUGUCACCGAUGAAGAGGAGGUGCAGGUCGAUCCACGUAAAUACACCGACGGAGACCGGGAGAAGUUCCUGGACGACCCGACCUUCGACUACUCCGCGAGACACCCGGCGGAGCGGUCGUGGCAGGACGAGCACCACGAGAACAAGUACUGCGAGGUGCAGUGCAGCCACACCUGCAACUACAAGGCCGUGUCGCCKUCCUACCUGGACAACCUGAUCUGGAGGGAGAGCGAGGUCAACCACUACUACGAGCCCAAGCUCAUCAUCGACCUCUCCAACUGGAAGGAGCAGCAGAGCAAGGAGAAGGCCGAGCGCAAGGCCAAGUCCAAGUGUGAGAAGAACGGGCUGGUCAAGGCCCAGAUGGCCCUGCAGGAGGCRGAGAAGACCCAGAGUCCGGUAGAGAAGGACAGCGUCCAGGAGAAACACCAAACAGAACGGCCUCAGAGCCAACAGAACCAAGGCUUUGACUUUGACUCCUUCAUCGCCAGCACCAUCAAACUGAGCCUGCAGCCAGAACCGUGUCCCGAGGCGACCCUGCUCAGCGAGGUGACCCUGCUCAGCGAGGUGACCCUACUCAGCGAGGUGGGCCUCCUGAACGAGCUCAACUUCUCCGUCUCCCAGCUUGAGGCCCCGCGCUCCAGCUCCGUGUCGAAGACCAUCAGUCAGGAGAAGGAGGAGAAGUGCCUGGUGAACCUGGCCCAGCUGGGAGGAGGGGGCCUGGGGGUCGUCUCCACGGACUGCGUCUGGCCCGCUAAACCCUGGGAAAACUUGAGCUCCUCGGAAAGAGUCGGGGAGAAYGGCUGCUUGAUAGAUGAAGCGUGCUGGGACAUCCGUAACGUGGACCACUUCCAGAAGGAGAGCACCUACACCAGCUACCUGGACCGCCUGUUCAGCAGGAAGGAGGAGGGCGUGUCUGAGAUGGUGGCCGGCUCGGAGACGGAGUCCUCGGUGGUGAAAGAGCUGGACGACAGCUUCCUGGACAGCAGCGCAGAGAUCGUUCUUAAUAUGCAGCUGGACUCUCUGGCCCUGCCCGGCUUCGACGGCCCCGAUGACCUGCCUCUGAGAUCCAUCCAGGCUUCCCUCACGCCUUGUGCUGUCAAGUGCUCGCCUCAAAUCGCCCACAAAACCUACAGCAGCAUCUUCAAGCAUCUGAAUUAGUGGAAAAUCUCUUUCUUCCCUCAGUGCGACUUGUAGGCAGUUGUGUUUUUAUUUUUUAUAAUCUGGUAUGUUAUUGUACUUGAAUCAUUUCAUACCUUUUUUAUCGUCGUUACGUUUGUUUCUUGAAGUUCGCAGGUGAUUUGUUAUUUUUAAAGAGUUCUUUGUCAUCACUCUGAGCCUUCAUCACCAGGCCUUUAUGAGUUCAUGUCUACGCCUUCAUCGCUAACGCUGGUACCUCACUGGGCUGCAGCUGUUCUGGACCAGUCAACAUACCAGAACUUUAUGUUUUAGUCUCUUUGAAUUUGGAGUUUCGAGGCAGACAGUUUUUGAGAAUCAGAACUUGUGCACGUCUUGUAAAACUAAUCUUAUUUCAUAAAAACUUAUUUUAAUCUGCUGGUGGACACUAAUGAAGUGCAGUCAGAUGUGGACCAGUUUUUCAGUUAUUAUAGAGGACUCUUAGAUCUGGACUUGUUUACUGCAGAGAAGAGGUCCUGUGAAGGUGUCAGAAGACAGCUCUAACACUCCUGAGACUCCCACAAAACUGAGACUGUUUGAGACACCCAGGACUAAACUGAGACUGUUUGAGACACCCGGGACUAAACUGAGACUGUUUGAGACACCCAGGACUAAACUGAGACUGUUUGAGACACCCGGGACUAAACUGAGACUGUUUGAGACACCCGGGACUAAACUGAGAUACAGACUGAUUUAAGACGCCCAGGACUAAACCAAGACAGAUUUGAGACGGCCAGGACUAAACUGARACUGAUGUGAGACACCUGGGACUAAAUUGAGACUGAUUUAAGAGGCCCAGGACUAAACCAAGACAGAUUUGAGACACCCAGGACUAAACUGAGACUGAUGUAAGACACCUGGGACUAAAUUGACAUAUUUCAAAUACCUACUGUAAAACUGAGACUGGUUUGAGACACCCAAGACAAAAUUGAGACUGAUUUAAGAGUCCCGGACUAAACUAAGACAGAUUUGAGACACCCAGGACUAAACUGAGACUGAUGUGAGACACCUGGGACUAAACUGAGACUGGUUUGAAACACCCAGGACUAAACUGAGACUGGUUUGAGACGCCCAGGACUAAACUGAGACUGGUUUGAGACGCCCAGGACUAAACUAGGCCAAGUUGAGGAUACUUGUGACAACCUCUGACUGGUAAAUCUUCGUCACAAUGUAUUUUUAAAACCAGGAUAAAAAUCUGAGCGAUGAGACAGUGAGUCUCAGCAAGUAAAUGUCGAACCUUUUAAAGACAUUUUGAGACUCCGUCACAUCUUCUGUUCAUGAACUGAGUCCAGCAGUCUCAGCCGAGUCAGGUACCACCCGACCCAUCAUGUCACUCUCACAUGAACGUACUGUAGACGAGAGCAGAGGAKGAUUUAAGAAACGAGUAACUUGAUGUGACGUGAGGAAGGACGGCAGACUAACCAUCACCUGGGCCUUUUAAAGUGCUUUCUAACAGCCUUUCCUGUUCUGGGUUGGAUCAAAUCCUUCGGGGUGGGUGGGAUUUCUUGUUUUUUAUUUGGUUAACUUUAAUAUUUUCCCCAAAGAAAGCUUCCUGACCCCUUUCAUACUGUAAAUCUGACACAUGAUGCCAGCAGCAACCAUUCUUCUUUAAAUGUAAAUGYGUUAUCUACCUCAAGGUAACAGCCGUGAGAGACACUCGAAGCCACACUAGUGCUUUACAUCCUCGUACCAUGAAGUGAAGCGGUCUCCGACCACAUUCUGUUCAGCAUUUAACCUAGUGAGGUGUUUUCAGUAAUCAUUAUUUAUUUCUAGCAGAUGUGCGAUAUUUAUUUGAACUUGUGUUUUGUCGAUGUGAUUAUUGAAGAGUUGGACGAACUUCCGUUUUCAUUUCGGCACUAAGGAUGUGCGCGUUUGUUUUAAGGGUCGGACGUGAAGUUCACGUGUUCUGUUGGAGAAGAAGCUUUCCAUUUUUCAUCAGCCGCCUCCUGGGUAUCGUUCUGUUUGUUUUUGUUUUUUAAAUUCUACCUGCUUUAAGUCUUCAGCAGGAAAACUUCUGUCUGUUGAAGCAAAGCGCUGAAAAGUCUUAGUUUGUUUUUAUCUGAAGUCACAGYGAAGCGUGGAGACAGAAAGGUACAUCAGAGUAAUGUUGAGUGUAACGUCUGUUUUUAUUGUACUUUGUUUUUCUUUUUYCCCCAGACAAGCAUGAUGAAUUAGGUUAAGGUGUAGCAUGUAGAACACUUACAAACUUUAUUUUGUAAUCAUUGGUUUCUCUGUUCUACAAAAUAUCUCCAAAUAAAAUUUACUGGCGAAGA